GCGCCCCCUGUCAGAGGCAGCCAUUGUUCAGUAGGUCGCGCUGGCCUUGCCAGUGCUGGGUUGGUCCUGCCCCCCUCUCCAAGUCCCGGCCCCUCCUUAAAGCUGGGAGAGGGGGCCAGUCCGCCGCUUUGAGCACUCUGCGGUCCUCGGGUCCAGGCCACCAUGAGCAAACGGAAGGCACCACAGGAGACGCUCAACGGGGGAAUCACGGACAUGCUCACAGAACUCGCAAACUUUGAGAAGAACGUGAACCAGGCAAUCCACAAGUACAAUGCUUACAGAAAAGCAGCAUCUGUGAUUGCAAAGUAUCCACACAAAAUAAAGAGUGGAGCAGAAGCUAAGAAGUUGCCUGGUGUAGGAACAAAAAUUGCUGAAAAGAUUGAUGAAUUUUUAGCGACUGGAAAAUUGCGUAAGCUGGAAAAGAUUCGGCAGGAUGAUACGAGUUCAUCUAUCAAUUUCCUGACUCGAGUUAGUGGCAUCGGUCCAUCUGCUGCAAGGAAGUUUGUAGAUGAAGGGAUUAAAACAUUAGAAGAUCUCAGGAAACAUGAAGAUAAGUUGAACCAUCAUCAGCGAAUUGGGCUGAAAUAUUUUGAGGACUUUGAGAAAAGAAUUCCUCGUGAAGAGAUGUUACAAAUGCAAGAUAUUGUACUAAAUGAAGUUAAAAAAGUGGAUUCUGAAUACAUUGCUACAGUCUGUGGCAGUUUCAGAAGAGGUGCAGAGUCCAGUGGUGACAUGGAUGUCCUUCUCACCCAUCCAAGCUUUACCUCUGAAUCAACUAAACAGCCAAAGCUGUUACAUCGUGUUGUGGAGCAGUUACAGAAGGUCCAUUUUAUUACAGAUACUCUGUCAAAGGGUGAAACCAAGUUCAUGGAGUUGCUGGAGAGCCUCUGCCAGUGGAUAGUGAGAAAGACAUCUUUGACUACAUCCAGUGGAAAUACCGAGAACCCAAGGAUCGAAGUGAAUGAGGCCUGUUCUUCCCAGACACAGCUCAACUCAACAGGAGUCUUAAUUUAUUUCUUAACCUUUGCUAUAAAGACAGAGCAUCAAUGGGAGAGGGGGAGAGAGAAAGAGAGACACAGACUUUUGAAGCAGGUUCCAGGCUCUGAGCUGUCAGCACAGAGCCCGAUACAGGGCUCAGAAUCACGAACUGCGAGAUCAUUACCUGAGCCAAAGUCUGACGCUUAACUGACUGAUCCACCCAGGCGCCCGAAUCUUAGUUAUUUAUUAACCAAAUUAUUUUGUAGUGAAGUGAUAUUUCCCUGACAAGAAAUGAAAGAAAAUAAAUGAGGGAUUUUAAUAUAAUUUUUUUUCCUUAAUUUACUGUGAUAGUUUUUUGCCAGUAAGAUACAAGAAUUAACUGCAGAAACCUUCACUUUUGUCCCCCAAGCUACUGUCGGGUACCAGAAUUUCACUGGAAAUGAAAUAAAGAUUUAUUUGAACUAAUUGAGUCACUAGAUCAAAUUAAACUUUUCUGUUGUGGAAUCACAUUUCUUUCCUGCAGAAAUAGACAAAAAGCCAAAGCUGGUUUUCAUUCAUCACAAGGCAGCACAUCGCAGUGCUCUAACUCAGUCUAUCUCAGUUGCUACAAGAUUUGAUUUUCAGGGAUAUAUGUAUGGAAAGUUUUUUAUUUUAAGUUUAUUUCUUUUGAGAGAGCAUGAAAUGGGGAGGGGCAGAGAGGGGCAGAGAGAAUCCCAGGCAAGCUCCGCAGCGUCAGCACAGAGCCCAAGGCGGGACUCAAUCCAGCUAAUUGCGAGAUCACAACCUGAGCCGAAACCAAGAGUCAGAGACUUAACCAACUGAGCCACCCAGGCACCCUUGUAUGGGAAAGAUUUUUUAAAUUAACGUCUGAGAUUUCUGUUUGAAUACAAUAAGGAGUUGUCUUUAUUUUGAAGUAUUUAGUUUUUUAGAUUUUUUGGCAUACUCUUAACCGUGUGUGUUGUUGGUUGCCGGUCACUUGAUUUCGACAUAUUAGUCCAGGACCACAGUCACAGCGCUGGAAGAUUUCUGGAGCCUGAGCGGUAUCUUUAUGCCCUCUCCUAGAGCAGACCUGUCCCUCCAAUAGAACUGGCUUACAAAUUUUAGUCCAGAAAUGACGAGCACAGCAGAGUCCAGCUCCACAGUCCAAAGUUCUAAGGCAUCUUUCUCCCUCUUGUCCUGUAACAAGAUUUGUAAGGGCUGCAGCAAAAGUGGGGAAAGUGGCAUGUGAGGGGGUUGUCGCUGGGGUAAAGGUGUAGGAUAUAGAACUGAAGGCCACAAAGGAAGAAUAAAAAGAGCAUGCAGGUCUCCCAGAGCUAGAUCUACUAGAAGUAUAUGAAAUGGAAAUUUCAGCCCUACCUAAUAGAAUUUGUUUUAUAAAGUUAAAACAUUUUCAAAGGAAGAUGGGAUUUCCAGUCUUGAGGAAUGAAAUAAGCAUCCCUUAUCAGUGUUGUUGUUUUUUUUUUUAAUGGAUUUAUCCUGGCAUAAAGACCAUCACUUAUAAAAGGCCCUGUUAACCUGAAGACACAAGAAUGGCCAACUCACUGCUUUCAAACAUUCUACUUAAUUUCUGUCACAGAUUGGAAUUUGAGACUACAAUUUUGUAAAAAGCUUCAUUUUAGUGGUUUGUAUUUUGUUUGAGAAUAAAAAGUUAAUGCAUUUA